AUGUCUGACAUAAAGAAGGAAAUUCAUUCAGUGGAAACUGCAAUAGGCACAAAUGACUUGUCAAAACUAUUUAGUGUCACGUCCAAUGUACAUACAUACAGAAAUCUUCCACACAAAAUUAUGCCAUCUUUACCCAAAUUCAUUCCAGGAAAAACCCCAGGAGAUCUAGAAGAAUUACGUAAAGUAUUCGGAACUUUAUCAUCAAGUUCUAUAUCAUCAUAUGAACAUGGCUAUAUCAUGAAGACAACACAAAAUUCACUAGAAGCUGGAUCCUCUCCUCCAGUCAAACAGCUGCUUCAUGAACCAGAGACUGUCACCACCAUAUACACUGGGUAUAGAAUUAACCUUGACAAUGUGGCCUGUCUGAGUGAUGAAGAAAUCUGGACAAGUGGAUGCGAUGGCACCAUGAAACUCUUCAGUAUCAGUCAGGGAUCAUUACUCAAGUCAAUCAAAACCAAGUCAGGGAACGUGCCAUCUGACAUAUCAGUGACAAAAAGAAGAGAUCUAAUUUAUACUGAUACUGAGAACAGAACUGUGAACAUUAUAAAGAAUGAGAAGAUAAAGAAGGUGAUCAGACUACAGAAUUGGAAACCUCGCUGUGUCUGUAGUACCUCCUCUGGUGACCUCCUGGUUAUCAUGGAUAGUAAUGACCAGGAUGGACAGUUCCUCUGUUACAUAGACUCUGGACUGAAUGAACCCUGGGGACUGAGUAUAGAUACAAAUGACAAUCUGCUACAAUGUUAA